UAGCUGCGCCGCCAUGCCGGGCUUCCCAGGCCGCGCGUGAACUUCCUCUCGCUCAUCCCGGAGCCGCGCCGCGCGAUUCAAUGCCGAUCGAUCGAUCGAUGCCGGAUCAGAUCGGAGGCGUCCGGCCGCAUCGGGUCAUCGCGUCGCGUCACGUCACGUCACCGCUGGCGUCCUCGCCGGAAAACAAUUGGGGGCAUCACCCGCGACCUAUUGUGACAAUCGAUUAAGAUCGCCAACAACUCCCGUCAGCCAUCACACCAUCGCGAUUCCCCCCCACGUUUUGCGCAGAGAAGAGGAACCCGACCGACAAGCCGCGUCUCUCCGACCUCCUGUCAGCUGUCAAAAAUCGCGUAGCCUCUUCAGCGGAGAAACAUGACGACGGCGGCGAGACCGACCUUCGAGCCCGCCCGAGGUGGCCAGGGUCGAGGUGAGAAGGACCUGAGCGCGAUUUCUAAGCAGUACAGCAGCAGGGACUUGCCAUCGCACACGAAGCUCAAGUAUAGGGAGUAUGGGCAAGGAACAGUCGAAGAACUGCGAAAUCGUGACUUUAGGAAGGAGUUGGAGGAUAGGGAACGAGUGGAAAAAGAUAAAGGAUCGAGCCGUCGUGCUAUUGAACCUUCCAGAGAAUCGACUACAUCCAGCGCGAAGAGACAGAAGUUGGAUCAAGUUCCCGCAGCCAGCUUAGAUGCGGAUGAUCCACUUGACGAGGAUGAAUCAGAUUCUGACAGCGAUGAAGAUGAGACUGCAGUGCUCUUGGCUGAGCUCCAGAGAAUUAAGAAGGAACGGGCAGCGGAACAAGCUAAAAAAGAGAUGGAGAAGCGGCAGGAAGAAGAGAGGAUACGCAUGGAAAAUAUUCUUUCGGGAAAUCCUUUGUUGAACUAUGCCUUGCAUAGUGGAAGAGUGGAUAUGAAGGUACGAAGACGAUGGGACGACGAUGUUGUCUUCAAAAAUUGUGCGCGUUCUGAACCUAAGAAGAAACAUGACGUUUUCAUCAAUGAUUCUCUGCGAAGCGAAUUUCACCGCAAAUUUAUGGAAAAGUACGUUAAAUAAUUCAUUAAUCAAGUAUUAACAUUGUAAAUAAUUUUUUAAUGCAUAUUGAAUAAAAGCAUUUCUUCUCAUUUUCUA